UCAAUUGUUUGAUUUUCCUGGGAUCAGUGGCUUUUACCCGAGGCGCUGAAAAUUGUGAUGUCAGGAGUAAGAACUGCAGCUGUGUAAUGCCAAAGCUCUAUGACUGCCCUCAGGUUGAUCUGUUCCUGAACCCUGUACCUGAUGGCUGUUCCCUCCUCAAAGAUGAAAUGGCAGGACCGAAUUUCUCUAAUCUCAGCUGCGGAACGAAUGAUACCUUCAAUCCGUUACCUCAUGGGGUAUCCUUCACAGCUAAUGGCAAGUGGAUCCAGUUCGAGAACGAAGCUUGCAACGAGGAAUUCUACUUCAUUGUCGAUCUUGAUGGAGGAAAACUGGUGAAGACUGUGAGGCUGGAGGAUAUGGCCCCUACUGCUACUGCUGGUCAAGAUGUGUACUUCGAGUUCGCCUAUGGGUAUACUGUUCCGUGCACCGAUCAACCCACCAUCAAUACCCUACUCUGGCAGUACAUCACCCCAGGGGAGUAUGCCGACGAUGAUGAUCUGUCAGUAGUAUGGAAUCGUCUCAACUUCACGGAUGAUGUCUUCACCCACAAUGAGACCAAGUACUUCAAGGCAUCCUAUCUCUUCAUCCAUUUCAUGUCGAUCCCGAUCAGUAGUAGCUUCAGAUUGUCUAUGACUGGCUGCAACGAAGUUGGCAAGGACAUAGACCCAGCCCUGGAGUACCUCAAUAACUUGCUCAGCGUCACCAACGACACCCUAGAGAUCGCCGAGGGUCUUACGGUGUCCAGUCCUUCCAUUCAAUCACGGACCAACCUGACCAAUGACGAGGUCGUCCUCUUCCUCGACGCCUUUGAAUCCUUCGAGAAUAAAUCCCUCGACCUUUCCAACCAAACGGAGCUAGCAAAAAAUCUUACACAGGGAUUGGCUGAAGUCGCCUCAAAGGUUGUGGGUGCUAUAUCGUACGCCAUCAUACCACAAGAAAAUGAAGGAUAUGCAUACACCACCACCCCAGCUGGGCCUUACACGGCAGCGGCUAAUACAGAUAGUGCGUCGUCGAAUAAAGAUCACCGUAUUGCAAAUCAACAAGCUCAAGCUGUUCUGGCCGUCGAACAGGCGAUCGGAGUCGUCACUGCCCAGGCUGGCAACGCCACCAUCGUCGCUGAAACGGAGAAUGUUGUCGUCCUGUCUGCCCCUUUACCGGACACGAGUCAAACAGACGGUAAACUGGAGAUUACCUUUCCUAGAGACCCCACUGGCGGACAAGGGCAGAACGGCCCCGGGGACGAGGGUGUGGUGGCUCCGGUGAACAUCAAGGUUGACCUGUCAGUCAUCGAAGAUGUUCUUCAGCGUGCACAAUCAUCAGAGGGGAAUGACACUGAAAGCGCACCAACAAGUCCACCUCGCUUUACAGCCCUGCUUAUUGAGACAGAGGACUUCCUAGAAACAAACCAAACUGCAGAUCUUAAUAUCUCUGCACCUGUUAAUGAUGGAGAAACAUUGAUUUCAAGUUCGAACUUCAUAAACUCGAACAUCUUUUCGCUCACAGUAUUUGUUGAUGGAAGUUCCUACUCUAUUCCAGUUGAGUUCCGGUGGGAGAACAAGCGCGAAGUGGAACCAAGUCAAAAUGCAUCCCGCCGCCGGAAUACGGAGAGCGCAUGCGUGUGGCUUAAUGAGGAAAAGGAAUGGACCGACGAAGGGUGCAUUACUAUCCAAUUGACGGGUGAAACGAACUGCAUAUGUGGACAUACAACCAGCUUUGCUGUAUUGGUUCAGGUCGUUGACUUUGAGAUAAGCAAGGCUGAUUCACUGGCAAUGACCAUUCUAACCUACAUAGGGAUUGGCUUAUCCAUCUUGUGUCUCGUCAUAGCUCUCUUUAUUUUCUUUACUGUUGGAGCCCUGCGCACAUCCGAACGCAAUAUGAUUCAUCGGAACUUGAUGAUUGCACUUCUUCUGGCCUAUAUUGUUUUCUUAGGCGGUAUCAACUAUGGCACUCCUAUUCCGGUGAUGUGUACCAUCGUUGCCGCCUUAUUGCAUUAUCUUUACCUUGCUGUUUUUGCUUGGAUGCUAAUUGAAGGGAUCCAUCUUUACCUCAUGCUUGUCAAGGUAUUUGGAUCUGAAGGAAGUAAGCAGAUAUACUAUUUAAUCAUUGGCUGGGGUGCUCCAAUCAUUGUAGUCGCUGUCUCUGUGGGCAUUAGGUAUAAAGAAUACGGAACAUCUGAAAUGUGUUGGCUGAAGCCUGGCUCAAGUGUUAUUUGGGCCUUUGUUGGACCAGUGAUCGCCGUUAUACUCUUCAAUCUAUUUGUACUUUGUAUGGUUCUGCGUAUCAUAUAUCGAUCAUCAGCUAUCAACGUGGAUUGCCCUGUCGACCAAGUCAAAGCUGCAGCCAAGGGAUCGCUUGCUCUUUUGCCGAUUCUUGGAAUCACAUGGUGUUUGGGUAUAUUCGCUCUUGGAAAGGGGACAAUCGUAUUCCAGUAUCUCUUUGUGAUUUGCAAUAGCACUCAGGGUAUCCUUCUCUUCGUAUUUCACUGUCUCUUGAACUCUGAGGUGAGGAAUGCUUUGAAGCGUGAACAAGAGAAGAUGGGUUGGUCCACUGCUGGCCCAGCUACACAGAGCAAGAAGGGAAAGGUUCAUCCCGAGGACACUGCUAAUAGCACAUCCAAGAGCCUAACUAAGGGUACCACAAAAACCACUUGUGACAAUGAGAAAUCAGUCGCAAUAUACGACUCAUCCAUGGUACGCCCAGACAGACCAAAGAAGAACAGGAAGAAUAAGGGGGCUACGGAUCCCAAUUCCAAGGCUAAAGCGGGACCCAUGAAGACCGACUCAGAGUUCUCCCUGCCUGGGCAGAUCGGUGAGAACUUCGACGAGGCUCAGACGAGCUCCAUACGACAGGAGAUUAAGACGGAGCGAGAGAUGGAGCAAGGUGGAUGGAAGAUCAACGAAAAGAAACAUGUCCAGAGGACCUUCGUUCGCCUUGGGGAUUCCCAGUAAUCAAGCCCAGCACCUGCAAGAACACUUUAAGGUGUUGUGUGCUACAACUAUUACAGCACCUACGCCGAGGUGGCGUAUGCUGCAUCUAACAAUGCACACAUUUGCUUUGUGUUUUAAAAUUACCGUAGUAACGUACAUGUACAUAGAAUCUACACUUCAAUGCUAUACAGUCACGCCAACGAUAUGAAACCAAUCAAUUGUAAUUGGAAGUGACAUGGUACCUUUGUUAUAUAGUGCGUAUCA